AUGGCCGACGAGAGAAAGUGUCCCGUGGCCCACAAGGUCCCCAACGUCGCUGGUCACGGCGUUACCCAUCAGAAGUGGUGGCCCGAGGCCCUCAAGACCAACAUCCUCCGUCAGCACAGCGCCGUCACCAACCCCUACGGCGAGAACUUCAACUACGCCGAGGCCUUCAACUCUAUUGACUACAACGAGCUCAAGGAGGAUCUGCGAAAGGUCUGCCGCGAUUCGCAGGACUGGUGGCCUGCUGAUUUCGGCCAUUAUGGUGGUCUCUUUGUCCGUAUGUCGUGGCACGCCGUUGGAACAUACCGUGUCUUCGAUGGCCGAGGUGGCGGCCGACAGGGUCAGCAAAGAUUCGCCCCCCUCAACUCUUGGCCCGAUAACGUUUCCCUCGACAAGGCCCGCCGCCUUCUCUGGCCCGUCAAGCAAAAGUACGGCAACAAGGUCUCAUGGGCCGAUCUGAUCGUCAUGGCUGGCAACGUCGCCCUCGAGGAUAUGGGCUUCAAGACCAUUGGCUUCGCCGCUGGUCGUCCGGAUACUUGGGAGGCUGAUGAGGCUACCUACUACGGUGGCGAGGAUACCUGGCUCGGAAACGACGUCCGUUACUCUGAUGGCCACCCCGGAACCACCAAGCCUGGCGCUACCGAUUCCGAUCAGGCUCCCCACAAGAACAUCCACACCCGCGAGCUUGAGAAGCCUUUGGCUGCUGCUCACCACGGUCUUAUUUAUGUCAACCCUGAGGGUCCUGAUGGUAACCCUGAUCCCGUCGCCGCUGCCCGCGACAUCCGCGAGACCUUCGGCCGCAUGGCCAUGAACGACGAGGAGACCGUCGCUCUCAUCGCCGGUGGUCACACCGUCGGAAAGACCCACGGCGCUGGCUCAACCGACCACGUCGGCCCCGAGCCCGAGGCUGCUGACCUCGCCCAGCAGGGUCUCGGCUGGUCCAACAGCUACAAGACCGGCAAGGGUCCUCACACAACCACCUCCGGUCUCGAGGUUACCUGGACCAGCACUCCCGUCAAGUGGAGCCAUGACUACCUCAAGUACCUCUUCCAGUUCGAGUGGGAGCUCACAAAGAGCCCUGCUGGCGCUCACCAGUGGGUUGCCAAGGAUGCCAACGCCACUGUUCCUGAUGCCUUCGACCCCAACAAGAAGCAGAAGCCUACCAUGUUGACCACCGAUUUGUCUCUGCGCUUCGACCCUGAGUACGAGAAGAUCUCUCGUCGCUUCCUCGAGAACCCAGACCAGUUCAACGAGGCUUUCGCCAAGGCCUGGUUCAAGCUUACCCACCGUGACAUGGGUCCCCGCGACCGAUACCUCGGCCCUGAGGUCCCCAAGGAGGUCUUCCUCUGGCAAGACCCCGUCCCCGAGCGCGACUACAAGCUCGUUGACGACGGCGACAUUUCCGCCAUCAAGAACGAGAUCCUCAAGUCUGGUGUUGACGUCUCCAAGCUCGUCUCUACCGCUUGGGCCUCCGCCUCCACCUUCCGAGGCAGUGAUCUCCGCGGUGGUGCCAAUGGCGCCCGUAUCCGCCUCCAGCCCCAGAAGGACUGGGAGGUCAACAACCCCGCUCAAUUGAGCAAGGUCCUCAGCACUCUUGAGGGCAUCCAGAAGAAGUUCAACGACUCUCAGUCCAGCGGCAAGGCCAUCUCUCUUGCUGAUGUUAUUGUUCUUGCUGGUUCCGCCGCUGUUGAGAAGGCUGCUAAGGAUGCUGGUGUUAACAUCACCGUGCCCUUCGCGCCUGGCCGCACCGACGCUACACAGGAGCAGACCGACGUCAAGUCCGUCAACCACCUCCAGCCUUUCGCCGAUGGUUUCCGUAACUACGGCUCUUCUACAGACCGCGUCAAGCUUGAGCACCAGCUCAUUGACCGUGCUCAACUCCUCACCCUCAGCGUCCCUGAGCUCACCGCUCUCAUUGGUGGUCUCCGUGCCCUCAACACCAACUAUGACGGCUCAUCGCAUGGUAUCUUCACCAACCGUCCUGGUGUCCUGACCAACGACUUCUUCGUCAACCUGCUCGACAUGAGCACUGAGUGGAAGGCCACCGGAAACGGUGACAUCUUCGAGGGUACUGAUCGCAAGACCGGCGCCAAGAAGUGGACCGGUACCCGUGUCGAUCUCGUCUUUGGUUCACACGCUGAGCUCCGCGCUACAGCUGAGACAUAUGCUGAGGCUGGUGGACAAGAGAAGCUUGUCAAGGACUUUGUUGCUGCUUGGACCAAGGUGAUGAACCUGGACCGAUUUGAUCUUGCCAACGGUUCGUCGCCCAAGGCCUCUCCUCGACUGUAA